AUGCUCCGCGCAGCUCUUCGUUCGGGAAUAUCGCUAACCGCUCGUCGUUCUUAUCCACCUAAAGCCGCUGCUGGAGCGGGUGUAAAAGUGGAUAAAUCUUUUGUUGAAGAAGAUGCAGUGAAAUUGGCUACUCAUGUAUGCAUUAAUGCAUAUACUCAAGGAGAGGAACCCGGACCGAAAAUUCUUCCUGAUUCAGAAUAUCCCGAAUGGUUGUUCAAAUUGGAUCUUCGAGCACCACGAGAAUUGGAAGAUUUGGAUCCUGAAAAAGAUGGAUGGGCGUAUUGGAGAGCACUGAGAAAAAGACAAAUCGAACAGAAUCAGCGAAUUCAGAAGUUGAAGACAAAGUUUUUGCAUUUGCAGGAUAGUCCAAGUAUGAAGAAGAAAUAG